GCUGGUUUCAUCUUCGUGGGGGGUGGCGGAUCGGUCAAAUGUGGGUCAAACUCGUUAGUGUGUGGGGAGGGGUUGUAACAAAAACAUGUAGACUUAUAUAGCUGCCGGAGCAGCGGGGUUUUUGGCCUUAUGGGUCCGCGGGAGCUACACCGACACCACCGGAGCUAAAACCCGGUUUCACGCCGCGAAUUUAUUUAGCAGCCGGAGAGCAGGAACACCUUGGUGUUGGAAGGGGUGACCCCCGUGUUAACACCCCCUGGGGAAGCAGGCAGCGCCUUGUGAAGAUACACCCCCGAGCCUGCUAGCUUGUUUGUAGUGAUAGCCGCUAAUUCACCCCGACUUCCGGUCACAGGGCUUGAGCGCUGAGCUCCUGUUGGAUGUCCGGCCAAAGCGUUGGUCUAAGGCUUCACCAUGAACCGGAACAAGCGUGAGAAGGAGUACUACAGUAUAGACGUGGGGGACUCGACGUUUAUGGUUUUAAAGCGCUACCAGAACCUCAGACCCAUUGGAUCUGGAGCACAGGGAAUCGUCUGUUCGGCGUACGACCACAACUUGGAGAAAAACGUCGCCAUCAAGAAACUGAGCCGCCCCUUCCAGAACCAAACCCAUGCAAAACGGGCCUACAGAGAGCUGGUGCUCAUGAAGUGCGUCAACCACAAGAACAUCAUCGGGCUGUUGAACGUUUUCACGCCGCAGAAGACUCUGGAGGAUUUCCAGGACGUGUAUCUGGUGAUGGAGCUGAUGGAUGCCAACCUGUGUCAGGUGAUCCAGAUGGAGCUGGACCACGAGCGGCUGUCCUACCUGCUCUACCAGAUGCUGUGUGGAAUCAAACACCUGCACUCUGCAGGCAUCAUACACAGGGACCUAAAGCCCAGUAACAUCGUGGUAAAGUCGGACUGCACACUGAAGAUCCUGGACUUUGGUCUGGCGAGGACAGCCGCCACCGGUCUCCACAUGACGCCCUACGUGGUGACCCGUUACUACCGAGCCCCCGAGGUCAUCCUGGGCAUGGGCUACCAGGCCAACGUUGAUGUCUGGUCUGUUGGCUGCAUCAUGGCCGAAAUGGUCCGGGGUAGUGUGUUGUUUCCAGGCACGGACCAUAUCGAUCAGUGGAACAAAGUGAUCGAGCAGCUGGGAACGCCGUCUCAGGAAUUCCUGAUGAAGCUCAAUCAGUCGGUGAGGAACUACGUGGAGAACCGGCCGCGUUACGCCGGCUUCAGUUUUGAGAAGCUCUUCCCCGACGUUUUGUUUCCCGCAGACUCUGAACACAACAAGUUGAAAGUUCAAUCCCACUCCAAUGUUUCAGCGAGCCAAGCGCGAGACCUCCUAUCAAAGAUGCUGGUAAUCGACGCUUCCAAACGGAUCUCUGUGGACGAGGCUCUGCAGCACCCCUACAUCAACGUGUGGUACGACCCGUCUGAAGUGGAAGCGCCGCCGCCGGGGAUCACAGACAAGCAGCUGGACGAGAGAGAGCACACCGUGGAGGAAUGGAAAGAGUUGAUCUAUAAGGAAGUGCUGAACUGGGAGGAAAAGACAAAGAACGGCGUCGUCAGGGGUCAGUCGGCCUCCAUAGGUGCAGCAGUGAGCAGCAGCCCCCCGAAGAACCACCCGUCCGACCCGCCCCUGCCUGACAGCGGCCUGGAGGCCGGCGUGGCGGCCGCCUCGGCCUCCGGCCCGGUGGACUGCUGCUGACGACGGUCACCUCCACCUCCUCUUCCCCGGAGCUGGGCCACACCCCCCCGCUACACCGUGGACCCUCCCCCAGCUGACUUCUGCCCCCGCCCCUCGUGUUUGCCUCCUCUCCAUGCUGAUCUGAAGUAGAGUAGCGUUCUGACUGGAUUGUGAGGACAGUCUAGCUGGUAUUUAUUGCUGAGUUUGGUCUUUUCCCCCGGAAGCUGAGACGAUGGUCGACCGCCGUCUCCACCGUCACUCAGGCUCCAGGGAAGGUUUAAAGAUGAAUCUCUAAAAUGUGAUUUCUUUUUCUGUCAAAAUCAUCGUUUUUCUCACUUCAGCUACUGCUUCUACGGUUUGCCAUAUAAAAUGCACGUACACAUUAAAUGGUAGAAUAAUCUUUAAGUUUGGGGGGAGGAGCCAUUGAAGCCUCUUUGAACUUUUUUAUCUUUUUUUUCUUUUAAUCUGACAUAAUCUAACGUAAAAUCAUUUAGGUUUUUUUUUGAGUAUCUACUUCUUCCUGGAUUGUAAAAAAAAAAAAAGUCGUUUUUAUGAGAGAUUUAUAUUUUUUGUUAUUUUUUUCACUUCCUGUUUUAUAAAGUAUUGAUUUUGUCGUUGGGAUAACAGAACGGUUCUGCGGGGCGAGUUACUGACGCUCUUCUGCCGUCAUGUGCAGCGAUUUUGCGCGGUUUGAGAAAGUUUCGGUAAAAGGCGGAGCGGUUUUCGCUCCUUUUGGGAAGUUUUUAGGGAAUGAUGGGAAGUCCAGUUGGGAACUGUAAAGGAGGCGGCGUGUGGAAAGUGUGGUGUGGGACGUGAAAAGGGAAUUUUUCAGAGCAGGCCGAACCCCGCUUUGGUUCCUGUUUGCAAUAAGUGGUGUUGGAAUUGGGUUUGGUUUGGAAAAGUGCCUGUUUAUCUUGGUUUGGGAUGCCGGCGGCUGCAGGGCUCCUGUUUCUUGUUGUGUUUUUUGUUGUGUUCUUGUUGUGUUGGGGAUGGUAGUUCUCUCAGAUGUGUGUGAUAUAUUUUUCUACUUGUUUUGGUUUUCAUCAUCUCUGUCCUGCCAGGAAAGAAGAAGCGAUGAGGCUGAGGUGCUUUAGCAUUUAUGAGGCAUUUCAGAAUAAAAGACCAUUUAAAGAAAGGUUUUUCAUCAAAGUAAAAGCUAAAAUGAAAGAAAACAACCUCAUUAAAAUUAAUAUUCUGAAUUGAUAUCCAGACUACUAUGAUUUUUUUUAAUUUAAACUUUGUGGCAAUAAUGAAUUUCUUAGAAUCAGCUGCUAUGAAAUGUUUGCAAGAUUCAUAUUUUCUUUUUUAAACUCGACAAAAAUUUGACUUUUGUUUUUUUGUAGUUAACACUGAAUAUCCUGAUUGGACAAUGAACACUCAGCUAAAUGACUCCAAAGAACAUAACCAUUAUGAUGACUUUAAAGUACAUAUUUAAAUAUUAAGUAACCAAUAGUUGCAGAAUUGACUAAAUCUUUGAUUAAAAAAUUAAAACCCAAUCAAGACGACUUUAAUUUUUUAGAAUAAAAGUCAUGGGUUUCACAGCCUUUUGCUGGUUUAUAACAGAUGUCGCUUUCACAGCUUCAGAAAUUCAGCUUCAGUUUCAGAAAUUAAGGUUAAUUUUCACGAGACGAGUUGGCAAACUGAUGAGCUCGCCGGCGCCACGAUGGGCCUUUUUUUUUCCACUUUAUAUUCUUAAAUCUCACAUUAUUCUGUUUUAUGUGCAGCUACAUGCUAAACUAAUUGUAAUUCUUUUUUAAAUUUUGCACUGUUACAACCGUCAACAUAGGUGUUGUAUGGAGCAUUAUGCAAUAAUGCCCCCCCAGGGGGCAGUUUUUGAACAAGUUCAUGUUGUUGGCCACACAGAAAGGCUCUGGUCCGAGCACAGAACAGGAGAAUCUGUGAUUCGUUUAGCCACACAGCUAUUAAUCUGCGCAAGAAACGACCAUUGACUCUAUAUGAGAACUGGACUGAGUGACCCCGCCCCUCUGACGUUCCAAAGGGGAGGUACCCUCAAAACCCCAUAGACUUUGCUUACCGACGACGUGUGGCUCCAACAUGACUUCAUUUGUUUGGGACAGGAAGUAAAUAGUCUUGGGUGACGGCACACUCACUCGCUCCAGUUCCCACAUAUAGUCGAUGGAAAGGAUGCUAGCCUAUAUUCUUGUUUUGCCAAUAUUUGCAUUGUUCUUCGUUUCCAUUGAUAAACCCUAAAACCUUUGCUGCCAGCUUCCGUUCAUUCAAAGUUAACCGUUAGCUCUGACAUUUAGCGUCUCGUACUCACAAAACCUAAAGUGAACGGUUUACUUUUUAGACUAGCAAUAAUAGAACGCACAGUUUUGAAUAGCAAACUGCUCUCUGCGCUGACAUCAUUAUCAAACAUCUCAAACCGCCAAAGUAAAAGCUUCUAACUUUUCUUCUUCAGCACACAGAAGACUGUUCAUACGUUUAAUGUUUUUAGUGUUUUUACUGUGUAAAUGAGCUUUUUGCAUAUCGGCACACUAGCAUUAGGAAGGCUAACAUGAUCAGGUAUCAAAUUAUCUACAUUCAUGAGUUAAUUUGGUGGCUCAGUCUGUUGAUUUGUUCUCGGAAAACCUAAAACGUAGAAAAUUCUUUUUUUUUUUUUCCCUGAAGUUUUAACGAGUUAAAAACUGAGAUUCAUGUAAAAAAUGUUGGGAAAAACAAAAAAACAGCAAAAAUUGUAAUUUAGGACAUUUAAAGUGAGAGGCCCCUCACUAACUGACCUUUGGUGGGGUAAAAAGCAUGGACGGGGCAACUGAACAUUCAUUUGUAGACCAGUUAAGGGUGUUUUAAAGUGCUCUUAAUUUUUCCCAGCAUGCCUUUAGCUUUGAAUUGAUUUGGUUUGUCCGUCUCUGGAGUCUCAUCUGCGUGCGUUUCCUCUUUAACCUGCUUUGAUGAACUACCUCAUGCUGAAAUUCUGCCAGUUCUCACAAAUAUUAAGUCACCUGCAGAAUUUUGAAGACGUGUGAAUAACAAAUUCCAUUAUUUAUUUAUUUGAAUGUGUACUUUUUGUCAUUUUCAGCAGACUUCUACUUUUGUAAAUUAUAUAUACGUCAUGUUAGAAGAAAGGAAAUUAUGUCUUGUUUGUUUUUGUUUCAUCUGUGUGGGAAUGGUUUUUAUUUUUAAAGUAAAUGUGCAAUACCUUCAGAAAACUGCUAGUCGUUUGUGAUGUUAGCCUUUAACUUUCUACUGAAGGUAAAGUUUGGUACUGUCAGCCCCUUGUUUUAUUUUUUACGGCUUGUUUUUGUCAAAAUGUCAUGUGAUCAGUCUCAUCCAGUCAAAAACAAGAGAGGAAACGUUAAAGAGCGGCGGGUAAAGUUUCAGUCGUGGGGUGUUUCGGUAUUGAGGAAAGAAUCUCUUCUUGGUGCUGGUUUGUAGAGUUUUACUUUGGAAUCCAGCCAUGCUUUUAUUUUGAAACACUUCCUGAAUCAGCCGUCCCAAACACCGCCCCUGAAGAAGUGCACUACCAUAAAAAAAAUAUGAAAAAACAAAACAUGUACUUUAAAUAAAAGAAAUCCACAUUGGUU